AUGACUAAAAGCUCGAAGAACAACCAGACCAAGCCACAGGCUGGCUCACUCGCUGAAGCCGAGAAAAAUAUUCAAUUUUGGAAUGAUUAUGUCAUCCUGACCGUUGAAAUCCAUCUCGAACAGUCCAAUAGGGAGAAAGAACUCGCCGCCCAAAGCAACAUCAAGACGGGCCUGGAAAAGCUCGCCAUUGGCAUAAUAGGAAUGGACACUUAUCAACGAAGAACGGUCCAAGUAGGCCUAGGGCGAAGCCUUGAUGAAGAGCUCAAUAGAACAGUUAAGAAGAAGGUCGAGGCACCAUAA